CAUUUAUUUGUAGUAUGGACCCCACGUUAUUUCAAAAACACGUAAACCAAACUUGCGUAAAUCGAGAGAUGAAAAUAGAAGGAAGCGCAUCUUGAAAUUGACCAGUAACUCACAAGCACAAAAUCACCCGAUAGCUCUUUAGGGCAUAUCCUCAGAUGCUGCCCCUCUGCCUCUUAAUCAACUAUUCCCAAAGACUGAAAAGGAGAUCAAUCAAAUUUUCAUGAGUGGUUUUUAACAUUCAAGGUACAGAAGAAGGAGGGUCACACUACCAUCAGGGUCACUAAACACUUGAAAAAAACGAUUAACCUGUCUGCUGUGAUUGGCAUGGAUUUGGCUUUCACUGGUAGCCUGGUAACAUACACUCCCAGGUCUUUCUCUGCCUCUGUGGUGGAUAGUGGAGUGUUUCCCAUGUGGUAUUGGUGUGCUGGAUAUCCCUUCACUGGUAGCCUGGUAACACACACUCCCAGGUCUUUCUCUGCCUCUGUGGUGGAUAGUGGAGUGUUUCCCAUGUGGUAUUGGUGUGCUGGAUAUCCCUUCACUGGUAGCCUGGUAACAUACAGUCCCAGGUCUUUCUCUGCCUCUGUGGUGGAUAGUAGAGUGUUUCCCAUGUGGUAUUGGUGUGCUGGAUAUCCCUUCACUGGUAGCCUGGUAACAUACGCUCCCAGGUCUUUCUCUGCCUCUGUGGUGGAUAGUGGAGUGCUCCCCAUGUGGUAUUGGUGUGCUGGAUAUCCCUUCACUGGUAGCCUGGUAACAUACACUCCCAGGUCUUUCUCUGCCUCUGUGGUGGAUAGUGGAGUGUUUCCCAUGUGGUAUUGGUGUGCUGGAUAUCCCUUCACUGGUAGCCUGGUAACAUACACUCCCAGGUCUUUCUCUGCCUCUGUGGUGGAUAGUGGAGUGUUUCCCAUGUGGUAUUGGUGUGCUGGAUAUCCCUUCACUGGUAGCCUGGUAACAUACACUCCCAGGUCUUUCUCUGCCUCUGUGGUGGAUAGUGGAGUGUUUCCCAUGUGGUAUUGGUGUGCUGGAUAUCCCUUCACUGGUAGCCUGGUAACAUAUAGUCCCAGGUCUUUCUCUGCCUCUGUGGUGGAUAGUGGAGUGUUUCCCAUGUGGUAUUGGUGUGCUGGAUAUCCCUUCACUGGUAGCCUGGUAACAUACACUCCCAGGUCUUUCUCUGCCUCUGUGGUGGAUAGUGGAGUGUUUCCCAUGUGGUAUUGGUGUGCUGGAUAUCCCUUCACUGGUAGCCUGGUAACAUACACUCCCAGGUCUUUCUCUGCCUCUGUGGUGGAUAGUGGAGUGUUUCCCAUGUGGUAUUGGUGUGCUGGAUAUCCCUUCACUGGUAGCCUGGUAACAUACACUCCCAGGUCUUUCUCUGCCUCUGUGGUGGAUAGUGGAGUGUUUCCCAUGUGGUAUUGGUGUGCUGGAUAUCCCUUCACUGGUAGCCUGGUAACAUACACUCCCAGGUCUUUCUCUGCCUCUGUGAUGGAUAGUGGAGUGUUUCCCAUGUGGUAUUGGUGUGCUGGAUAUCCCCUCACUGGUAGCCUGGUAACAUACACUCCCAGGUCUUUCUCAGCCUCUGUGGUGGAUAGUGGAGUGUUUCCCAUGUGGUAUUGGUGUGCUGGAUAUCCCUUCACUGGUAGCCUGGUAACAUACACUCCCAGGUCUUUCUCUGCCUCUGUGGUGGAUAGUGGAGUGUUUCCCAUGUGGUAUUGGUGUGCUGGAUAUCCCUUCACUGGUAGCCUGGUAACAUACACUCCCAGGUCUUUCUCUGCCUCUGUGGUGGAUAGUGGAGUGUUUCCCAUGUGGUAUUGGUGUGCUGGAUAUCCCUUCACUGGUAGCCUGGUAGCAUACACUCCCAGGUCUUUCUCUGCCUCUGUGGUGGAUAGUGGAGUGUUUCCCAUGUGGUAUUGGUGUGCUGGAUAUCCCUUCACUGGUAGCCUGGUAACAUACACUCCCAGGUCUUUCUCUGCCUCUGUGGUGGAUAGUGGAGUGUUUCCCAUGUGGUAUUGGUGUGCUGGAUAUCCCUUCACUGGUAGCCUGGUAACAUACACUCCCAGGCCUUUCUCUGCCUCUGUGGUGGAUAGUGGAGUGUUUCCCAUGUGGUAUUGGUGUGCUGGAUAUCCCUUCACUGGUAGCCUGGUAACACACACUCCCAGGUCUUUCUCUGCCUCUGUGGUGGAUAGUGGAGUGUUUCCCAUGUGGUAUUGGUGUGCUGGAUAUCCCUUCACUGGUAGCCUGGUAACACACACUCCCAGGUCUUUCUCUGCCUCUGUGGUGGAUAGUGGAGUGUUUCCCAUGUGGUAUUGGUGUGCUGGAUAUCCCUUCACUGGUAGCCUGGUAACAUACACUCCCAGGUCUUUCUCUGCCUCUGUGGUGGAUAGUGGAGUGUUUCCCAUGUGGUAUUGGUACGCUGGAUAUCCUCUCCCAAGGUGCAGGACUUCACAUAUUUCUUCAUUGAAUUGUAGCAGCCACUUAUUGCUCCAUUCCUGUAGCCGGUGAUGUCUUCUUGUAGGAAAUCCACAGUCAAGGGUUUAAUCUCCUUUACGACCAACCUUUACUCUCUGUCCAGGAUCAGGU